AUGUCUGCGACCUCACGUGACUUCCAGGCCGUUUACACUCUGAUGCGGUUCAUUCGCUUUGAUGGAGGCAACAUAGCUUUGAUGUGGAUGGGGACGUCAGCAUCAUCAUCAGCCGUCUUGUUGAGCAUCGACUUCAAAAGGCCAAGAACACUUUUUGGAGUUUUCCUCGGAAAGUCUCGCGACAGGAAGACCUCAGGCCGACCAUUGCUGCGCCACCCAUUUCUGGACGUUUGUCGCGACGGCGGCGGCGCCGUUUUUGGCCUUUUUCCUUACCCACCAUUGCCAACAUCAUUGCCAUCGCUUCGACAGACAUACACAUACAGAACCUCUGCCGGCGAUAUUCGGGCUCAGGACCUCCUAGGCUUGAGGCUGCUGAGAAAUAUGGAUUUUAGUGAUGAAGGACAAAACGGCGUGCAACAGGCCCUUGGGCAGCCGGAGCGGGACGAAGGGGGAGAAAGUAGGGAGCCGAGGCCAGGGGCAGCGGUGAGGCCGGGGGCAGUGCAACAGGACCUUGGGCAGCCGGAGCGGGACGAAGGGGGAGAAAGUGAGAAGCCGAGGCCGGGGGCAGCGGAGAGGCCGGGGGCAGCGGUGAGGCUGGAGGCAGCGGUGAGGCCGGGGGCAGCGAGGCAAUGGGGAGGGAUUUCUUCUUCGGCAAGGGAGCGACGCAGGAAAUUGUUUGUGGGGCAUGUUGGACGGCUUGGAGGCAAGUGGGGGUGUUUCAACAUGAGGAGGGCCUGGGGGUGA